CGGCGCGAUUUGAAAUAUUGACCAAUAAAUUCCGAAUGGCUACGAAAUAUUCUGAGUGGCAAAGCUGUAUUAGAGAACAUCAAGAACUCUUAAGAUUUGCCCAAGAAGUGAGUUUAUCCAUUUCAUACGUAAUAUUAUCAUCGCUUGGAGUUAGUACCUAUUCAUUAGUAUUCGGUGGUGUUACUAUUCUCAGCCGAUUACCGUUAUCCGUAAAAGCAGAGUUUUUUGUUGUAUGUAUUUCAUCACUGGCGAAAGUACUUCUGUGCGCAUGGCCAGCCGAUUAUUUAAUGACUGUAAGUUCUGAUGUUGGUGAUGCCGCGUAUGAUUCGUUAUGGUAUAAACAUGAAAUUAACUCACAAAAGAUUAUGUUAUACACGUUGCUUCGUUGUCAGCGACCUGUAAUUAUAACUGUUCCGGGUUUAUUAUCAGCUUUAACAUUUCAGCAUUAUUCAUCUGUAAGAGAAUCUAUAAUGUUAUUUUAA